UAAGCCAUGAGUCUGCAAUUUGCAGGCACCAAAGUCUUGUCGGUUUGAGUUCUUUCAACCUUUGGAAGUUUCGAACCAAAGAUGACUUCUGUGACGGAGACUAGCCUUUGUCAAGUGCAAGAGGUUGCUUUGGAGGAGAAAAACGGCCUUGCAGUCAUCGACGCCCCUGGACCCGUGAAUGGAGGGGUCGACUAUCAUUCGGAGUGGCCACAGGACGAGGAGAAGGGACUGAAGGAAGAGGAUGACGAUCCCUGGGCAGCUACUCUCCCCGAAUUACGGGAGGGGGAGAAAUGGGCCAAUCUGUCCAGCGCUAAACGCGCACGCUUCAUCGUCCUCAUCAUCGUCAAGGUGAUCCUCCUCUCGGGGUUCCUCUACAUGUUCAUCUGCUCCCUGGACUUCUUGAGCACGGCCUUCCGUCUGUUGGGAGGCGUGGCGGCCGGGGAGGUGCUCAACGACCAUUUCCUGCUCAGCAAUCCCGUCUGCGGGCUCAUGAUCGGCGUGCUCGUCACCGUGUUGGUACAGAGCUCUAGUACCUCCACUUCCAUCGUAGUCGCUAUGGUGUCCGCAGAAAUCAUCGGCGUCCGGCAGAGCAUCCCCAUCGUGAUGGGGGCCAACAUCGGCACUUCGGUCACCAACACCAUAGUAGCGCUGGGCCAGGCCAAGGAGCGCAACGAAUUCCGGCGGGCCUUUGGCGGCGCCACGGUGCACGACAUGUUCAACUGGCUGACGGUGUUCAUCUUCCUGCCCAUCGAGGUGGCUUCGCACUACCUGGAGGCGCUGACCAACGCCAUUCUCGGGGGCCUGGAUCUACAGGAACAGGACGUGGACUUCGAAAUUCUGAAAGCCAUAACGGGACCUUUCACCAAGCUGAUAAUCCAGAUUGACAAAAAAGUAAUUACGGACGUUGCUCAAGGUAUCGUCAACGCAAGCGAUGUCAGACUCCUUAAGGUGUGCGAUCCUGACGACACGGAGUGCUCCUACAAUCACCUGUUUGCCCAUACCACCAUGACCGACACCGAGGUUGGACUCAUCAUGCUGGCUGUCUCGAUCAUCAUCCUCUUCGUCUGCCUCUUUGCCAUUGUCAAACUUCUCCACUCUAUGCUGAGGGGGGGCAUUGCCGUCCUCAUCAAAAAGUUCAUCAACGCCGACUUCCCCGGGCACUUGUCAUUCUUGACCGGCUACUUGGCCAUCCUGAUCGGGGCAGUGCUGACAUUUGUCGUGCAGAGCAGCUCCAUAUUCACCUCGGCCAUCACCCCGCUGGUCGGCAUCGGCGUGAUCACGAUGGAGCGCAUGUACCCGCUGACCCUGGGCGCCAACAUCGGCACCACGGCGACCGGCAUCUUGGCCGCCUUAGCCUCCUCGGGUGGGUCACUGCGUAACGCGUUGCAGAUCUCGCUCUGCCACCUCUUCUUCAACAUCUCCGGCAUCAUCAUCUGGUACCCGAUCCCCUUCAUGAGGAAAGUGCCGAUUUUUCUUGCGAAGACGCUGGGAAACACAACUGCCUCUUACCGAUGGUUUGCCAUCUUCUAUCUCCUCCUGCUCUUCUUCGUGGCCCCGGCAAUUGUCUUCGGCUUGUCCAUCGCGGGUAUUGUCCCCCUCCUUGCAGUCGGUAUCCCUAUUCUCGUCUUCCUUAUCCUGAUCGUAGUUAUCAACAUCCUCCAGCGGAAAUUCCCCCGCAUCCUUCCCAAGUUCCUCCGUAGCUGGGAGUUCCUUCCUAAACCUCUCCACUCCCUGGAGCCCCUCGAUCGCCUUCUGAGCUGCUCCUGCAUCAAAAAGAAUUUGGCCAGGAGAAAGAAGGCGCAGGACACUACUGAACUCAACAAAGAACAACAUAAGGCCACUCCAGUAGACAACCCGGCUUUUGAUGCGGUAUAAAUCGAGGCAGAAAUGUGAAAUGUGUGCGAGGCUGACCAUUCGAAGCAAGAUAUGGGACGGAGAGAACCCCCCGCCUUUGUGUUGG